AUAAAAAACAAAAAAUAGAUACAUUCAUAAAAUAAAAAAGCAAUUAACUUUGGAUAUUAUAUCUCUAGUCUAGUUAGUUAGUUAGGUUAAAAAUAAAAUGAUGAAUUAAACUAUCAAGAACGCUGCCUCUAAAUACAAAUACGCAGGAAACAAGAUCAAUGUUAAGAAUCCUAUUGUCGAUUUAGAUGGUGAUGAAAUGACUCGUAUCAUUUGGAAAAUGAUUAAGGAUAAACUCAUAUUGCCAUUUAUCUCAGCUGAUAUUAGAUAUUAUGAUCUUUCUAUAGAAAAUCGUGAUGCCACCAAUGAUUAAGUUACCUUUGAUGCUGCUUAUGCUAUACGUGAACACAAGGUUGGUAUUAAGUGUGCCACUAUUACUGCAGAUGAAGCACGUGUUAAAGAGUUCAAACUUAAAAAAAUGUGGCCUUCUCCUAAUGGUACUAUUCGUAACAUUUUGGAUGGUACAGUUUUCCGUGAACCUAUUGUAUGCCAAAAUAUCCCUCGUUUAGUUCCAGGAUGGACCAAGCCAAUUAUUAUUGGUCGUCACUCUUUUGGUGAUCAAUACAAGUGUACAAAUUUCAAGGUUCAAGGACCUGGAAAACUUGAAAUAUCUUUCAAGCCUUAAGAUGGAGGUGAAGAAAUUCGUAAAACCGUUUUUGAAUUUUCAGGAAAAGGUGGUGUCGCAAUGGGUAUGUACAAUACUAUUGAAAGUAUUGAAUCAUUUGCCAAUAGUUGCUUCAAAUAUGCCCUCAACCGUUAAUACCCAUUAUAUUUCUCUUCAAAGAACACCAUCCUUAAGCAAUAUGACGGACUUUUCAAAGACAUUUUCGAAGAAUUAUAUACAACUAAGUACAAAUAGCAAUUUGAAAAGAGUGGUUUGUGGUAUGAACAUCGUCUUAUUGAUGAUAUGGUUGCUUAAGUAUUAAAAGGUGAUGGUGGUAUUGUUUGGGCUUGCAAAAACUAUGAUGGUGAUGUUCAAAGUGAUAUUAUCGCCUAAGGCUAUGGUUCUUUGGGUAUGAUGACAAGUGAACUUGUUAACAAUGAUAAUGUCUAUGAAGCUGAAGCUGCUCAUGGAACUGUAACCAGACACUAUCGUCAACAUUAAAAAGGUUAGGAAACUUCUACAAACUCUGUAGCAAGUAUUUAUGCUUGGAGUAGAGGUCUUCGUCAUAGAGCCAAAUUAGAUAACAACUAGGAUUUACUUACAUUCUCAUAAUGUAUUGAAGAAUCUGUAUUAGAUUGUAUUUCUAAUGGUAAAAUGACUAAAGAUCUUGCAAUUUUAGUAUACGGACAAGAUAACAUCAAAGGAAAAUACCUCAACACAGAGGAAUUUAUUGAUGCAGUCGCCUAUAGAUUAAAGAGCUAAAUCCACAUUGAAAAGUGAAAAUAAGCUAUUUGAGAAAAUAACUUUAAUUCUUCUAUACUAUAAUCUGUAUUUUAAUAUCAAAAUAUAUUUUUUAUACAAAUUAUUUAUUCUAAAUAAAUAAAUUAAUUAAUAAAUUAGUUAGUUAGUUAACUUAUCAGAUA